AUGAGGAUCGCGUCCUCGUGGCAGCUGCUCCUGCCGACGGCUGCCCUGGCGCUGUGCUGCUGCUUAUGCCUCGGCGCCGCGGCCAGCGAGAGGCGGUGCAAGUUCCCGGCCGUGUUCAACUUCGGCGACUCAAACUCCGACACCGGCGGCUUCUGGGCCGCUUUCCCGGCGCAGCCGCCACCGUUCGGCGUCACCUACUUUGGCAGGCCUACUGGCCGCGCCUCCGACGGCCGACUCGUCAUCGACUUCAUAGCUCAGGCCAUGGAGCUGCCGUUGCUGAGCCCCUACCUGCAGUCCGUCGGCUCCGACUUCCGGCAUGGCGCGAACUUCGCCACGUUGGCCUCGACGGCGCUGCUGCCCAACACGUCAGUCUUCGUCACCGGGAUCAGCCCCUUCUCACUCGCCAUCCAGCUCCGACAGAUGAAGGAGUUCAGCCACAGAGUGAUCACCUCCGCUGCCAGCAGUGGACAGCUUCCCUCGCCAGAUGUUUUCGGGAAUUCUCUGUACACGAUAGACAUUGGCCAAAAUGAUUUCACCUCCAACCUAGCAUCCAAGGGAAUUGAAUAUGUGAAGCAAACUCUUCCUUCAGUUGUCAGCCAGAUCUCGGGGACAAUACAGGACUUAUACAGCAUCGGGGCACGCAAGUUCAUGGUGUUUAACAUGGCUCCAAUCGGAUGCUACCCAGCUUUCCUCGUGGAGCUUCCGCAUAACGGCAAUGAUCUUGAUGAGUAUGGCUGUAUGACGACCUACAAUAGCGCGGUUGUCUACUACAACAAACUCCUCAACAACAGCUUGGCCAGGGAUAGGAAGACACUGCAGGAUGCGUCAAUCGUGUACGUAGACAAACAUUCCAUCAUGCUCGAGCUGUUCCAGCAUCCAGAAGCUCAUGGGUUGAAGUACGCGACAAAGGCAUGCUGCGGAUACGGUGACGGAGCUUACAAUUUUAACCCUGAUCUCUAUUGUGGUAACACCAAGCUUGUUAAUGGCCAACCUACAAGUGCGACGGCCUGCCGAGACCCACAAAACUACGUGAGCUGGGAUGGGAUCCAUGCCACGGAAGCUGCAAACAAUAUCAUGGCUUCUGCAGUGAUGAGUGGCUCCUACUCAUAUCCGCCUUCUGAACUUGUAAAACUUUGCGAGUCAUAG